GGACGUGGAGCUGCUACCGAGGAGGAGACGGGGGAAAGAACACCCGUAGGCAGGCCAAUGGUUUUUCGGCAGCGCGCUGGCAAGUUUGUGGAACACUUUCUAGGAAUUAGGUCUUUUUCCUCCCCCUUCAUCUUCUUGACUUCUGAAGAAAGAACUUGGCUUUGGAUGGCAAUGGAGCCUGAGGAGAGAGGGUUAGACACACUUGAAUAAUCCCUCCGGCUGGGCUGAAUUUGUGGGAAUUUAGGAAGCCAGAGGGUGGAAAUACAGCAGCUUUUGGAGUGCCCUCUGUUAAUUUGGAUGAAUCUAAACGUGCCCCAUUCAAGACCUCUCCACUAACCCCUUCUCAUCUUGGCGAUUUGCUCUUCCUGACUUUAAUUAGCAUCUAGGAAAGUCUAAACUUUGGACCUACCUCUUUUUUUGAUACUUAUUUUUGUACUUUUGCUCUCUGGGAUUGGUUUCUUAAACAGUCUGGAUCCUUUUUAAUAUGUCAAAAUGAGUCGGCUGAUGUUUACACAACUACUGCUCUGUGGAUUUUUAUACGUUCGGGUUGACGGAUCUCGUCUUCGCCAGGAAGACUUCCCCCCGCGGAUUGUGGAGCACCCUUCAGAUGUCAUUGUCUCUAAGGGAGAGCCCACCACUUUGAACUGUAAGGCAGAGGGCCGGCCAACGCCCACCAUUGAGUGGUACAAGGAUGGUGAGCGGGUGGAGACUGACAAGGAUGAUCCCCGGUCCCACAGGAUGCUUCUGCCCAGCGGAUCCUUAUUUUUCUUGCGCAUCGUACAUGGGCGCAGAAGCAAACCCGAUGAAGGAAGCUAUGUCUGUGUUGCAAGGAACUAUCUCGGUGAAGCAGUGAGUCGAAAUGCAUCUCUGGAAGUGGCAUUGUUACGAGAUGACUUCCGGCAAAAUCCCACAGAUGUUGUAGUAGCAGCUGGAGAGCCUGCCAUCUUGGAGUGCCAACCUCCCAGGGGACACCCAGAACCCACCAUUUACUGGAAGAAAGACAAAGUUCGAAUUGAUGACAAGGAAGAAAGAAUAAGUAUCCGUGGUGGAAAACUGAUGAUCUCCAAUACCCGGAAAAGCGAUGCAGGGAUGUAUACCUGUGUUGGCACCAAUAUGGUGGGAGAAAGAGACAGUGAUCCAGCAGAGCUGACUGUCUUUGAACGACCCACAUUUCUCAGGAGGCCAAUUAACCAGGUGGUGCUGGAGGAAGAAGCUGUAGAAUUCCGUUGUCAGGUCCAGGGAGAUCCUCAACCAACUGUGCGAUGGAAAAAGGAUGAUGCCGACUUGCCAAGAGGAAGGUAUGACAUCAAAGAUGAUUACACACUGAGAAUUAAAAAGGCCAUGAGUACAGAUGAAGGCACCUAUAUGUGUAUUGCUGAGAAUCGGGUUGGAAAAGUAGAAGCCUCUGCUUCUCUCACAGUCCGAGCUCGCCCUGUUGCUCCUCCACAGUUUGUGGUUAGGCCAAGAGAUCAGAUUGUUGCUCAAGGUCGAACAGUGACAUUUCCCUGUGAAACUAAAGGAAACCCACAGCCAGCUGUUUUUUGGCAAAAAGAAGGCAGCCAGAACUUGCUUUUUCCAAAUCAACCCCAGCAACCCAACAGUAGAUGCUCUGUUUCGCCAACUGGAGACCUCACAAUUACCAACAUUCAGCGCUCAGAUGCGGGUUACUAUAUCUGCCAGGCCCUAACUGUGGCGGGAAGCAUUUUAGCAAAAGCUCAACUGGAAGUUACUGAUGUUUUGACAGAUAGACCUCCACCCAUAAUUCUACAAGGCCCGGCCAACCAAACACUAGCAGUAGAUGGUACAGCAUUACUGAAAUGUAAAGCUACUGGGGAUCCUCUUCCUGUAAUUAGCUGGUUGAAGGAGGGAUUUACUUUUCUGGGUAGAGAUCCAAGAGCAACUAUACAAGAACAAGGGACACUGCAGAUUAAGAAUUUACGGAUUUCUGAUACUGGUACUUACACUUGUGUGGCUACAAGUUCAAGUGGGGAGACUUCGUGGAGUGCUGUGCUGGAUGUGACAGAAUCUGGAGCAACAAUCAGUAAAAAUUAUGACUUAAGUGAACUGCCAGGGCCACCAUCCAAACCACAGGUCACUGACGUUACUAAGAACAGUGUCACCUUGUCCUGGCAACCAGGUACCCCUGGAGCCCUUCCAGCAAGUGCAUAUAUCAUUGAGGCUUUCAGCCAAUCGGUGAGCAACAGCUGGCAGACGGUGGCAAACCAUGUAAAGACCACGCUCUACACAGUGAGGGGAUUGCGGCCCAAUACGAUCUAUUUAUUUAUGGUCAGAGCGAUCAACCCCCAAGGUCUCAGUGACCCAAGCCCCAUGUCAGAUCCCGUGCGCACACAAGAUAUCAGCCCACCAGCACAAGGAGUGGACCACAGACAAGUACAGAAAGAACUAGGAGAUGUCAUUGUCCGUCUUCAUACUCCAGUUGUGUUGACUCCCACCACGGUUCAAGUCACGUGGACGGUUGAUCGCCAACCCCAGUUUAUUCAGGGCUACCGAGUGAUGUAUCGUCAGACCUCCGGCCUGCAGGCAACAUCAACUUGGCAGAAUUUAGAUGCCAAAGUCCCAACUGAGCGAAGUGCUGUCUUAGUCAACCUGAAAAAGGGGGUGACUUAUGAAAUUAAAGUUAGACCCUAUUUUAAUGAGUUCCAAGGAAUGGACAGUGAAUCUAAAAUAAUUCGUACUACUGAAGAAGCCCCAAGUGCCCCUCCACAAUCUGUCACUGUGCUGACAGUAGGAAGCCACAAUAGCACAAGUAUUAGUGUUUCCUGGGAUCCUCCUCCUCCAGAUCAUCAGAAUGGAAUCAUCCAAGAAUACAAGAUCUGGUGCCUGGGGAAUGAAACACGAUUCCAUAUCAACAAAACUGUGGAUGCAGCCAUUCGAUCUGUAAUAAUUGGUGGAUUGUUCCCAGGUAUCCAAUACCGGGUAGAGGUUGCCGCUAGCACGAGUGCAGGGGUUGGAGUAAAAAGUGAGCCGCAGCCAAUAAUCAUUGGGGGACGUAAUGAAGUUGUCAUUACUGAAAACAAUAACAGUAUUACUGAGCAAAUCACUGAUGUUGUGAAGCAGCCAGCCUUUAUAGCUGGUAUUGGUGGUGCCUGCUGGGUAAUUUUGAUGGGUUUUAGCAUCUGGUUGUAUUGGCGAAGAAAGAAGAGAAAGGGACUCAGUAACUAUGCUGUUACAUUUCAAAGAGGCGAUGGAGGACUAAUGAGCAAUGGGAGCCGUCCUGGUCUUCUAAAUGCUGGGGAUCCCAGUUACCCAUGGCUUGCUGAUUCAUGGCCAGCCACAAGCUUGCCAGUAAACAACAGCAAUAGUGGCCCAAAUGAGAUUGGGAAUUUUGGACGUGGAGAUGUGCUACCGCCAGUUCCAGGCCAAGGGGAUAAAACAGCAACGAUGCUCUCAGACGGAGCCAUUUACAGCAGCAUUGACUUCACGACCAAAACCACUUACAACAGUUCCAGCCAAAUAACACAGGCCACCCCAUAUGCCACCACACAGAUCUUGCAUUCCAACAGCAUCCAUGAAUUGGCGGUCGAUCUGCCCGAUCCACAGUGGAAAAGCUCGAUUCAGCAAAAAACAGACCUGAUGGGAUUCGGAUAUUCUCUACCUGAUCAGAACAAAGGUAACAAUGGUGGGAAAGGUGGAAAAAAGAAGAAAAAUAAAAACUCUUCUAAACCACAGAAAAACAAUGGAUCGACCUGGGCCAAUGUUCCUCUACCUCCUCCCCCAGUCCAGCCCCUUCCUGGUACAGAGCUGGAACACUAUUCAGUGGAACAGCAAGAAAAUGGGUAUGACAGUGAUAGCUGGUGCCCGCCAUUACCAGUACAAACAUACUUACACCAGGGUAUGGAAGAUGAACUGGAAGAAGACGAUGAUCGUGUCCCAACACCUCCUGUCCGAGGCGUGGCCUCUUCUCCUGCUAUUUCCUUUGGACAGCAGUCCACUGCAACUCUUACUCCAUCCCCCCGGGAAGAGAUGCAGCCCAUGCUGCAAACUCACCUGGAUGAGUUGACAAGAGCCUAUCAGUUUGAUAUAGCCAAGCAAACGUGGCACAUUCAAAGCAAUAAUCAACCUCCACAGCCCCCGGUUCCACCAUUAGGUUAUAUGUCCGGAGCCUUGAUUUCCGAUUUGGAAACAGAUGUUCCAGAUGAUGAUGCGGACGAUGAGGAGGAAGCUUUAGAAAUCCCCCGGCCCCUGAGAGCACUAGAGCAGACACCCGGAUCCAGUAUGGACAAUCUAGACAGCUCUGUGACAGGUUCAAUGGUAAAUGGAUGGGGCUCUGCAUCUGAUGAGGACCGUAACUUUUCUAGUCAUAGAUCUAGUGUAGGUAGUUCCUCAGAUGGCGCCAUCUUUGCCAGCGGCAGCUUUGCACAAGCACUGGUGGCAGCAGCAGAUAAAGCUGGUUUUAGGCUGGAUGGAACCAGCCUUACGAGAACAGGCAAAGCUUUUACCUCCUCUCAGAGACCUCGACCAACCAGCCCAUUUUCUACUGACAGUAAUACCAGUGCGGCCCUGAGUCAAAGUCAGAGGCCUCGGCCCACUAAAAAACACAAGGGAGGGCGAAUGGACCAACAACCAGCUUUGCCUCACCGAAGGGAAGGAAUGACAGAUGAGGAGACAUUGGUGCCCUAUAGCAAGCCCAGUUUCCCGUCUCCAGGAGGUCACAGCUCAUCAGGAACAGCGUCUUCUAAAGGAUCCACUGGACCGAGGAAAGCUGAGGUGUUGAGGGGAAGUCACCAGCGCAAUGCCAGCGACCUUCUUGACAUAGGAUAUAUGGGCUCGAAUAGUCAAGGACAGUUUACAGGUGAAUUAUAGUAACUGAGAGGAGACAUGCAAAGCUGCUCUGAAGGACCACCAGGUCUGAACUCAUGGAAGUGAUGACACUAAACAGUGCAAUGAACAAUUUCUUUAUUUAUGUACUAUUAAAAGAACUGUAAAUGCAAUGUAAAGACACACAGCCACACAUAUCCCACAGAUAUUUUACUUGUGUUCUUCUCUUAAGUACACCACCCACCUUAACUCUUUCUUGUCAGGAGUAUAUAAAAAAGAAAGAAAACAAAACUCGCCCUCCAGGAAGAAAAGGAUUUUCCUCUGUAUAUAAUGUCUUUCGUGCAUUGCUAUGCAAGCUCCUUCUUUUUAGCU